UUUUAGAAAUAAAAAAACGUAUGAAACUAAAAGUAUACUUCAAAAUCAUGCUUUAGUACUGAAGUUUUAGACAAACGCCUGAAGAGGCAAGGGCCGAGUUAUUUUACUAAAGCCAACGUAGCAAAACACAUAUUUUUCCUCAAUCAGUUUCAAUGCAGUUGAUUGACUUGAUUUAUGGUACCUAGUGUAUUCUCAACAUCCCCAUGGGCAGUAUGCAUGAGCUACUGAAGCAAAAUGAAAGCAGUUGGCUGGUCCCAAUAUUCUGAACUUCUACCAACAUACACGUUGUGCAAAAUGCCAAAACCAAUGAAGUGCACUAUAGCCAUUAUUGAGUACUGUAGCUCCAGUCGACUUAUUAUUUUCAAAAUUUAAAGGCCAAUAGGUGACGUUAUCUCUGUAUUUCUGUUUCAAGUAUAUGAAUUUAGUCAAUACGUUCUACUUUUUGAACCAUUUGUUCCUUGACUUCCAGCCUGCAAGUUUGCCGCACUUGUAGAGAAAUUGCUUUGUGGGGGAUCAAUCUCGUCAAGUCUGAUGGCAGCCAUACUAGAUUCUCUUGUUGGAUCAUGUGCCAAAAAAUUGCAAGAAAUCAUUACAGAAGAGGCAGUUCUGAUUUUAGGAGUAAAAGAAGACCUCAGAGAACUGCAGCGGACAAUGACCCAAAUUCAAUACUUCCUUAUUGAUGCUGAGCAAAGGAGGACAGAAGAGUCCGCAGUUAACAAUUGGCUUGGUGAGCUGAGAGAUGCUAUGUAUUAUGCUGAUGAUAUUAUCGACUUGGCAAGGUCUGAAGGAUGCAAGCUACUAGCUAAAAGUCCUUCAUCAUCAAGAAAGUCAACUUCAUGUAUUGGCAGGACAUUCUUUACUUGCAUUCCUGAUGUUCAGAAGCGUCACAAGAUUGCUGUUCAAAUCAGAGACUUCAAUGCUAAGCUUCAGAAGAUUUCAGAGCUGGGCGAAAGAUUUUUAAAGCUUCAGAAUAUGCAGCCUAAAGCAGAAGUUAAGCGAGUGAAGCAGAUGAGAACUAGCUACCUCCUGGAGCCUAAUCUUGUGGGAAAGGAAACAUUACAUGCUUGCAAAAGAUUGGUUGAAUUAGUGAUUGCACACAAGGAAAAGAAGGCCUACAAGGUUGGUAUUGUCGGAACAGGAGGGGUCGGAAAGACAACGCUAGCUCAGCAAAUAUAUAAUGACCAAAAGAUAAAAGGAAAUUUCAGCAACCAAGCAUGGAUCUGUGUUUCUCAGGAUUACUCUGACACGGCUCUUUUGAAGGAAAUUCUUCGAAAUUUUGGUGUACACCAUGAGAACAAUGAAACUGUGGGUGAGCUCAGCAGCAAGCUCGCAACGGCCAUUUCAGAUAGAAGUUUCUUCAUUGUGUUGGAUGAUGUUUGGGUGCCUGAGGUUUGGACCAAUUUACUAAGAAUUCCAUUACAUGAUGCUGCAGCUGGAGUAAUUCUUGUAACAACUCGACAUGAUACGGUGGCACAUUCAAUUGGAGUGGAAGAUAUGCAACGAGUUGAUUUGAUGCCAGAAGAUGUUGGAUUGGAGUUGCUUUGGAAGAGUAUGAACAUUAAGGAAGAAAAAGAUGUCGAAAACCUUCGAAAUAUAGGGAUGGAUAUUGUUCGUAAAUGUGGUGGACUCCCUCUCGCAAUCAAGGUUACUGCUAGUGUUCUAGCAACUAAAGAGAAAACUGAGAAUGAGUGGAGAAAGAUUCUAGACAGAGGUGCUUGGUCUAUGGGCAAUCUUCCUGCUGAGCUCAGAGGUGCUUUGUAUUUGAGUUAUGAUGAUCUACCUCGGCAUCUGAAGCAAUGUUUCCUUUAUUUGGCCUUGUAUCCUGAAGAUUGGUACAUGUCUCGUGAUGAUCUUAUCAGGCUUUGGGUUGCUGAAGGUUUCGUGGAGGAAUGUGAAAACCAACGUCUUGAAGAUACAGCGGAAGAUUAUUACUAUGAGUUGAUAUAUAGGAAUCUCCUGCAACCAGACCCUCAGAGAUUUGACCAUCAUAGGUGCAAAAUGCAUGAUCUAUUAAGGCAACUUGCUCAUCAUUUUUCGAAAGAAGAUACUUUCUGUGGUGAUCCACAGUCAAUGGAGGCUAAUAGUUUGUCCAAACUACGGCGUGUUUCCAUUGCCACUGAGAAGGAUUCUAUAUUGCUCCCCUUUAUGGACAAAGAGAAGAUUAAAGCAAGGACACUCCUAAUUCGUUCUGCUAAAACCCUGUGUGUUCAAAACACAAUUUUCAAGAUACUUCCAUGCAUCCGAGUUUUAGAUCUAAGUGACUCGUCUAUACAAAAUAUUCCAGAUUGCAUUGGAAGUUUGAUCCAUCUACGACUUCUUGAUUUUGACCGUACAGAUAUAUCUUGUCUUCCAAAGUCAAUCGGCUCUCUCAUGAACCUUUUGGUACUGAACCUGCAAGGAUGUGAAGCUUUGCACAGCCUUCCUUUGGCAAUCACUCAGCUAUGCAAUUUAAGGCGCCUUGGUCUGCGUGGUACACCAAUUAAUCAGGUACCAAAAGGGAUAGGCAGAUUGGAAUGCCUCAAUGAUUUAGAAGGAUUUCCUGUUGGUGGUGGAAAUGAUAAUGCUAAGACACAAGAUGGAUGGAAGUCGGAAGAAUUGGGGCAUCUGUUGCAGCUAAGGAGGCUUGAUAUGAUCAAAUUGGAAAGAGCAUCACCAUCUACUACAGAUUCAUUGUUAGUAGACAAAAAGUAUCUGAAACUUUUGUGGCUACGCUGCACUAAACAUCCAGUUGAACCUUAUUCAGAAGAAGAUGUUGGCAAUAUUGAGAAGAUCUUUGAGCAGCUUAUCCCUCCAGGCAACCUGGAAGAUCUAUGUAUUGUUGAUUUCUUUGGUCGAAGGUUCCCCACCUGGCUUGGUACCACCCAUUUGGUCUCAGUCAAAUACUUGCAGCUCAUAGACUGCAAUUCCUGUGUGCAUCUUCCCCCGCUCUGGCAACUACCAAACCUAAAAUACCUGAGAAUUCAAGGAGCAGCAGCGGUUACCAAGAUUGGUCCCGAAUUCGUGGGCUGCAGGGAGGGAAAUCCCAGAUCCACGGUGGCAGUUGCUUUCCCCAAACUUGAAUCGUUGGUCAUAUGGAAUAUGCCCAACUGGGUGGAGUGGUCCUUUGUUGAAGAAGGAGAUGCAGCGGCAGCAUCUAUGGAAGGGGAAGAGGACGGAUCUGCUGAGAUUCGAAAAGGGGAAGCCCCGUCUCCAAGGUUGCAGGUGCUGCCACGCUUGAAGAAGUUGGAACUUGUAGGCUGCCCCAAGCUGAGAGCUCUCCCACGACAGCUUGGACAGGAGGCCACCUGCUUGGAACAGCUCCGAUUGAGAGGAGCAAGCAGCUUGAAGGUGGUGGAGGACCUCCCGUUCCUCUCUGAGGGGCUUGCAAUUUGUGGAUGUGAUGGCCUGGAGAGAGUCUCGAACCUUCCUCAACUGAGGGAAUUUUAUGUGCAGGACUGCUCACACUUAAGGUGUGUUGACGAAUUGGGUAAUUUGCAGCAGUUGUGGCUGGAUGAUGAUAUGCAAGGGGUGUCUGAACUCUGGGUGCCGGGGCUUCUGCAACUUCGUGGUGAAGACCUAGAUGUCUACAAGUGGUAGAGUAUACCCAAUUAGAUGCCAACAGACACAAGGUUGCUAAUUCCAAAGGCUUGUGCAAGUGUAACUUGGCCAAUGACCCAUCCGUGCAUUACAACGUGAUAUUCUUCUGGGUGGAAACAAAAAAAAAUCAGAAAAAAAAAUUCCAAAAAAAUAGAGAAAACAAAAUUAAAAAAAAAUAAAAACGAAAUUCAGGCCUCAAAAAAAAGAUUGAAGAUUUCUUUUGGUUUCUUGUAAUUUUUGGUUAUGCUUGCGAAAACAGUUUGGAUUUGUAUUUGUAUUUUUUUUAUAGAGUAGGUAACUCCGCCUAUGUGACAUCAAAUGUAAUACUCAUGUCGCAUAGCCGGUCCCAAGCCCGGAGAAAGGAGGAGGGACCAAAUGUACGUGUCACAAAUGUCCGACACAAACGGUGAAGCCACUCAACAUCUUAAAGAUGUUCAUUUUAUCAUCGCCUUGUUACCGAUUGGAUUAUAUUAGGCUUUGUGUUAUUAUUUGCUUGUCAGGAUGCAUUCUUAUCCGGUACUUUGUUCAAAAUAGCUGUGAAUAUCA